GAGCAGUUCCCGGAGAGCUCGGAGCUGGAGGACGACGACGCCGAGGGCCUGUCCUCCCGCCUCAGCGGCACCCUCAGCUUCACCAGCGCUGAGGAAGACGACGACGACGAGGACGAGGACAGCGAAGAGGCCGGCCCCGACCCACUGCCCUCCGGGGACCGGGCGUCGGGAGAAGACGCAGAGCGGAGCCCCCCACCUGAUGGGCAGCGGGGCGGUCAGCUCCUGGCCCGGCAGCUGCAGGAUUUCUGGAAGAAGUCCCGGAACACCCUGGUACCCCAGCGGCUGCUCUUCGAGGUGACCAGCGCCAACGUAGUCAAGGACCCGCCCUCCAAGUACGUGCUCUACACCCUCGCCGUGAUGGGCCCAGGGCUGCCAGAUGGACAGGCAGCCCAGAUCUCUCGCCGCUACUCGGACUUUGAACGGUUGCACCGAAACCUGCAGCGGCAGUUCCGGGGCCCCAUGGCUGCCAUCUCCUUCCCCCGUAAGCGCCUGCGCCGGAAUUUCACCGCAGAAACCAUAGCCCGCCGUAGUCGGGCCUUCGAGCAGUUUCUGGGCCACCUGCAGUCAGUGCCCGAACUGCGCCAUGCGCCAGACCUGCAGGACUUCUUCAUACUACCAGAGCUGCGGCGGGCACAGAGGCUCACCUGUACUGGCCUCUACCGUGAGGCCCUGGCACUCUGGGCCAAUGCUUGGCAGUUGCAGGCCCAGCUGGGCAUCCCCUCUGGCCCAGACCGCCCUCUGCUGACCUUGGCAGGGUUGGCUGUGUGCCACCAGGAACUGGAGGAUCCGGGGGAGGCCCGGGCAUGCUGUGAGAGGGCCCUGCAGCUGCUGGGGGACAAGAGCCCCCACCCUUUGCUGGCACCAUUUCUGGAGGCUCAUGUCCGACUGUCAUGGCGCCUGGGCCUGGACAAACGCCAGUCAGAGGCCCGGCUCCAGGCCCUGCAGGAGGCAGGCCUCACUCCCACACCGCCCCCUAGUCUCAAAGAAUUGCUUAUCAAGGAGGUGCUGGACUAAGCCUUGCCGAAUUAAGGCCCUUGCGGGGAGCGGGGCUGCCCCAGGGUACAGAAGGUUCCUAUGAAGAUGGCAAGCAGCUGGGAAGCUGAGGGGGUGCUGGGAGCCCCUAGAAGUUCCACAGACAAUUUGCAGCAGACCCGAGGAACCUGAGGAGCCUGGCUGCUUCUGUUGAGCCGGGCUGAGAAUGACCUCUGGCCUGGGUUGCCCCGGGACAGGACAGGGAGGAAGUCUGACAGACUCGCACUUACAGCCAGCCGGGAGCUGGGGAGCUGUGGCCCAGGUCAGCGUGAGUGUUCUCCAUCAGUGUUUUCCGUGGGCCUCACGCUGAAGGCCUGGGGCUUCGCCCUUGGAGUUAAGGGAUGAGGGAGGGCUGCAGUUCUGGCCCAGGGGAAUUAAAGGCCAGCCACUCCAGUGGUAUGAGUCUCUUUAUUGGAUGUGAGGAGCAAAGGGCCCAGCUCUCGACCAACUCCGUAUCAGGAGUAGUGGUUGAAGGGGUAUCCUUGAAGUCCCAGGCCAAGCUGGUAUCUCUGGCUACAGCUUGCUCUCCGAGACCCGCGGCGUCACUCGGAUCACGCCCUCCUGGGCACAGGUCACAGCCAGGACCCCGUCCCGACGCCAUAGCCUUCCGUGGACCAGCCCCCGAGAGCCACCUGUGGGCAAGGAGAAGGGUGAAAUGGUCUCUGCUUCAGCUCAGCCAAAUGUGCCUUUUGAAGGGGUCUGGCACACUAAAAGUGUAAGGAUGCUCCAAAUCGCCAAGCACUCCUUUCUGAGCCCCUAAGGGACAGUCAUGGGGGCAGCUCCUCCCAUAGGAACCCCCUUGCCAGUUGAAAAGCAUUUUCACAUACCCACUCCUUCCUCACAAAGAUCAGAGGGAAGAGCUCUGAGGACUCCUUCAAUUGCUCGGCCAGCAGACUGCCACCCCUCUGGCCACUGUUAGGACACCCAUCGUUUCACUUUAUAAGAAGUCAGGUCCCCCAGGCUGGUGACUCAUGGAAAAUGCCAGCAAUGCCACCAUGAAGGGGAAGAAUGGGCUCGGGGGCUCUGAGGCCAUGAGGUCUGCCCUCCCCACCUGGAGAUUUUUUUUCUUUGCUGGCCCUGGACCUGUGUUUAUGAAGAGAGCUACUGGCGUCCCUUGGUCCAGAGUUCCCUUAGUUCUCACUGUGACCCAGGGAAGUGGGCUUUCUUCUCCCGUUUUCCAGAUGAUGACACUGAAGUCCAGAGAGGCUCAGGAACUUGGCCCCAAAGAUCAGGCCAAGCUUAAACCCACAUGUCCCAACUUAAAGAUUAAUCUUGCAUAUGAUGCUA